AUGGAGAAUAUGGUGCUUAUCCUCAUCUCUCUGGCCCUUUCCCUCUUCCUGGCUUAUUUCCUCAGUCCUCUAGUCCUCAAGUUAUGGCCGGAGAGCGAAAGCCUCCCCCCAGGUCCUCCGGCUUUCCCCGUCGUGGGCAACCUUCUUUGGCUACGCCACUCCUUCUACGAAAUCGAGUCCGUCCUCCGGCGCCUGCGGGAUACGUACGGUCCGAUCGUCACUCUCCACAUCGGUUUUGUUCCUGUUGUUGUCAUCUCCGACGCGGACCUCGCCCACAAGAUCCUCGUCCAGAGAGGCGCCCUCUUUGCUGACCGCCCCCCAACGCUGCUCGCUCUCCGGGUCCUCCAUGGGAACCAGUGCGUUGUGAGUGAGAGCCACUUUGGCCCCGCCUGGCGGGUUCUCCGCCGCAACAUGACUGCGGUGAUGCUCCACCCAUCGCGGAUCAAGGAGUUCUCACAUUACCGGCGGCGGGCGGGCAGAGUUCUCAUAGGCGAACUUCGCCGGCAGGCCGACAGAGGGGAGCCGGUGGUGGUGCUGGACAGCUUCCGGUACGCGAUCUUUUCACUGUUGUGUUGGAUGUGCUUCGGUGAGAACUUGGAGGAGAAGACCGUUCGGGAGAUCCAGAGGGUUCAACACGACAUCACUCUCCAUUUCAACAAGGUCAACGUUUUUGUUUUCUUUCCCCGAGUGGGAAAGUAUAUUUUCCCGCGUCUGUGGGAGAUGAUCGGAGAAACGAGGCGCAGGCGGGAGGACCUUUUUGUCCCCAUGAUCAAAGCCCGCCGGGAGCGGAUCGAAGAGGUGAACAGAAGGGGGGAAGAGAGCUUCCAGUUCUCGUACUUAGACUCGCUGCUAAACCUGGAGCUCCCCGACGAGGAGGGAAGGAGUCGAAAGCUAACAGAGGAGGAGAUCAUCUGCCUCUGUUCCGAGAUUCUCUCCGGUGGCACCGACACGACAGUGGCUGUGCUGCAGUCGAUCAUGGCGAACCUGGUGAAGCACCAUGACAUACAAGCGUGGGUAUACGAGGAAAUCUCCGCCGUCGUCGGGGACAGGGAGGACAUGGAAGAGGACGCCCUGGGCAAGCUGCCCUUUCUCAGGGCCGUGAUCAUGGAAGGCCUACAGCGCCACCCCCCAGCACACUUCCUCGUGUCUCAUUCACCGACGGAGGACGCGACCGUGGGAGGGUACUUGAUACCUCGAAGAACAACCGUCAAUGUCAUGGUAACGGAGAUGAAUUGGAACUCGAAGGUGUGGUCGGAUCCAAUGGAGUUCAGGCCGGAGAGAUUUCUCCUCGGCGGAGAAGGUGAAGGGCUGGACAUAACCUGUAGCAAGGAAAUAAAGAUGCUCACUUUCGGGGCAGGAAGGAGGGCCUGCCCCGGGUUAGGUCUCGCCAUGCUACACCUCGAGUACUUCGUAGCCAAUAUGGUGCGGGAGUUCGAGUGGACGGCGGCCAAUAGGGAGGUGGACAUGUCAGAACAGAUGGAGUUCACUUACGUCAUGAAGACACCUCUGAAGGCCACUAUCCUGCCGCGCGUCAGAUAA